CAAAGAUUCCUACAUUACCCAUAUUCUCUCACCCGCCUUCAACCUGGGCUUCUUUUCUCAUCAUUCCAUCCUUGCGCUUUCCUGUUCACCAAUAUUCUUGAUUCUGAAAGCAACAUACCGCCAACAUGGGAUGGUUUUGGGCUGAUCAACCAAAGUCGGUUGCGCCGCACCCAAUCCCCAAAUCUGGCGCCACUCCUCCGCCAGCAUGUCCUAUGCACGAGAAGAACGUGACCUCUCCUACACCUACACCUUCUGCAUGCCCUGUUAAAUCCACCAACCAUCCCCUCUUCAAUCAACCGUCACCACCAAAUGCACAGCAAUCCUCUCCACCAGCAGAAGCCCCUCGAUCAGAAUCUCAAUCAACCCUCUCCAAACUCAACCCUCUGAACUACAUGCCAAACCUCAGCAACGCCCGACCAGCCGACUCACCACAAUCCAUCUCCCUACCACUUUCUCGCGAAUCCAGCUCUAUCCCCCGAGGAGACUCGGACUCGAACUGGGAAUACCCUUCCCCUCAACAGAUGUACAACGCCAUGCUGCGCAAGGGAUACAACGACACACCCGCAGAUGCAGUGGAAUCGAUGGUUGCCGUACACAAUUUUCUAAAUGAAGGCGCUUGGGUCGAGAUCCAGACUUGGGAACGCAUUUUCUCACCUGGCCUAUCUCAAGCCUGGACGACCUGUCUAUCUGGCGAAGAGGGCAUUGCUCGCGAACAAGCCAAGCGCGACUUCCUUGCCGCACGUCGCGAAGCGUUGAAUCUGCCUCCAGCGGAGGAUCCUCUUCCGCAACCCAGACUGCUCCGCUUCCAAGGUCGACCGCAGGAACCGACGCCCAAGGCUCGUAUCUUGACAUAUUUGGGACAGAUGUUCCCGAAUUCAUUUGGGAAUGAACCGCCAUUCGACCGUCAUGACUGGUAUGUGGCUCGACAACGGCCGGAUGGGUCGGUCAAGGAAGUCAGAUAUGUGAUUGAUUACUACUCGGGUGGGGUGCAAAGUACGGGUGAACCGGUGUUUUAUCUCGACAUCCGGCCGGCUUUGGACACGCCCACGGCUGCUGCAGAGAGAAUAAUGCGAUGGGGUGGCGACGUGUGGCACCGAGCCAGCGGCGCAUCUGUCAGGGCGGAAGCAGCUAAGAAGGCUGCCGAGGAAAAGUCGUCGGGCAAAUCAUGAUUGACCACGCUUAUCUGAUACUGCCGUAUUUUCAGUCUUGGUUGAUUGCCAGUGUACGCGAUAGGUUAUGUUAGGUAUGCAGCUAUGAUCCACAUCCGAGUGUUUCAUCUUUUGAGGUUAGGAAUUAUGAGGUAUUAUGGGGAAUCAGCUCUGUAUGUAUACGCUGAUUGAUGGAUGGAUUGAGAUGCAGGGCAUAGUAUUGCACUAUUGGUUCCCCACUCUAGUAUAAUGUAUCAUGAUUUGGUAUAUACGGAUGGACAGACACAUC